GCCGCCAUGAAUGCUUCUUUGCUUCUUUCACACCCAUCUUCUCCCUCUUUCUUCUAGCUUCUCAUUCAUUCCUUCAUCAUUUAAUGAUUCAUGAUACUGACCUACCAAGCAAAGUAAGCCAACCCACAAAAGAAAAAAAAGGCUUUCAAUUCAACUGGGGCUUCCAUGAAUGCCGUGUUGCUUGCAUGCCACACCUCGGAAUCACUCUCGUCUUUUCACAAGCUUCCGCCUUUCCUUCUCCUCUGAUCACCUUCAACGCCAUGCCGGUGUUCGAAGCUUUCAGGAGGAUCAAACGUUUCAGGCCGUUCGAACCGUCUCUGGGUGUUUUGGGUUUUUCCGCCCUCGCUGCUUUUGUUAUUCUUUCAUUCUUCUGUUUGGAUUACAGAGAUUUCACUGGACGCUUCGGGAUUUCGGGUCGGUCCCAGAGGAGACUUCCAUGGGUACAGAUGAAUAAGUCAGAACAAGAACAGAGAGUUGAAUUUCUUGGAGAAAAAGGUGGUGAUUGUGAUUUAUUUACUGGAAGCUGGGUCUGGGACGAGAACUAUCCUUUGUAUCAGUCAAAUAACUGUACCUUCCUCGAUCAAGGAUUCCGCUGUUCUGAAAAUGGACGACCCGAUUUGUUUUACACCAAAUGGAGAUGGCAACCCAGAGACUGUAACUUACCCAGAUUUAAUGCAACAUUGAUGUUGGAAAAACUGAAAAACAAACGGCUAGUGUUUGCUGGGGAUUCAAUUGGGAGAAACCAAUGGGAGUCACUGUUAUGCAUGCUGUCUUCUGGAGUAGCCAACAAAGAAUCAAUCUAUGAAGUGAAUGGCAAUCCAAUCACAAAGCACAAAGGGUUCUUGGUGUUCAGAUUCAAAGACUAUAACUGCACUGUAGAAUACUACAGAGCUCCAUUUCUUGUUCUGCAGAGUCGCCCUCCUGCUGCAGCUCCUGAAAUGAUUAGGACAACACUAAAAUUAGAUACAAUGGAUUGGAACUCAUGGAGAUGGAGAGAUGCUGAUGUUCUGGUUCUUAACACAGGGCACUGGUGGAAUUAUGAUAAGACCAUCAGAGGGGGUUGUUAUUUCCAACAAGGUUCGGAAAUUAAGUGGGAUAUGAGAGUAGAAGAUGCGUUUCAGAGGUCCAUCAAGACUGUGUUGAAGUGGGUACAAGAAGCAGUAAACCCGAACAAGACCCAGGUGUUCUUCCGUACCUAUGCCCCUGUACAUUUCAGAGGAGGGGAUUGGAAGAAAGGUGGAAACUGUCAUCUUGAAACACUGCCAGCGUUAGGAUCCACCUCAAUGGUGCCUAAUGAUAACUGGUCACAAUUCAGAAUAGCCAAUGCUUUGUUAUCAUCAUCAUCUACAAACACAAGCACUACUGGAAAUGGAAUUAUGAAUCUGAAGGUAUUGAAUAUAACCCACAUGACAGCCCAGAGAAAAGAUGGGCAUUCAUCUCUCUAUUAUCUUGGCCAUGGUGUAGGGCCCGCCCCUCGUCGACGUCAAGAUUGCAGCCAUUGGUGCCUCCCUGGUGUUCCUGAUGCAUGGAAUGAGCUGCUCUAUGCACUUUUCCUUAAACAUGAAGCUUCUCAACAUUCACAGGUAUAUGAUUCGCAGAGAGAGCCUUCAAAUUGCAAACAGUGAUUUUAAAAACAGAGGCAAAGGUCUCGGAAGAUUUUUAUUUAUAGACGUCAAUUUUGG